GGAUGAGGAGACGUGGGGGAGUUGCGAGGAACAGGGGAGUGGUGCGGAGGCGGUGAGGAGAGUAGUGGAAAGGAUGAGGUAGGUGAGGGAGGGGGGUCGCCGCCGCGUCGCCAGUCGCCAGUUUGCCGUGAGCGCUCGUGAUGCGAGGACGUUCUAUGAUCUCGUCUAGGAGCGUGGCGCUCUAUUACCACUCGCACUAGAAACCGGGGGAACGACACGUUUCUUUUUUUCACAUAAUUCGCGUUCCCUGCUCGGUAUACGAUAGACCGAGUCGGUCGAAUCGAGUGGAAAUUGGCGAUAAACGAGAAGGAACACGAUCGACGCCACAGUGUAUCUCGACGACCAUUUGCGACAGUUUAAACUCGCGGCGUGCGCGGGCAUUCGACGUGCACACGAGGAACACGAGCGUACCUCACGCGAGAAAGAGCGCGACAUUUUUCCUCUUGUUUACUGUGUGUUGCGGACAGUACGUCCUUGGUGUAUUCGCGGGCAUACCGUUCCCAAGUGUGUACGUUUUACCGAGACUGGAAGAUACUGAUUACCGUGCUCGCUCGCGCAGGCGACCAUUUUAUUUCGAAAGUUUACGGUGGCGUUGCAUGUUACAUCUGUGCGUCCUUGUCCCUGCGUGAUGUACGAACCUUUCGAUCGACCAGCUGAUCGCGAUUCCGGCAGUGUUGCAUCGGCUCGAUGGACUUUAUAGAGGUAACUCGUCCGUGGAGUAUCGUGUACGUGAGCGGAAAGUCGAAUCGCUCGACUACGAGACAGUUUUCGUGCGGGUACCCGGCCCUUUUUUCACUCGCACCCGUCUACGUCGACACCUGCGGUAACCGCGGGAAUUUUAUCACGGCGGUUCGCGGCGCCGCUGCGUGGUGUUGUGCGCGAGCUUAAGGUUCGCGGGUUGUGCGCGGGACAAGGACAGAGCGCGUGUUGUGUGUACGAGUCCAACUAAAAAGAGACGGUGUGCGAGUGUCGGAAAGAGGCAGAACUAAAACCGAGAACUCUGAGAAAGUUUGUGAGUAAAACGUGCCUCCGAGACGUAUUUACAACAUCUCUCUCGUAAAGUACGUUCUCUCUUUCUUUGUACAACGUAUACGUGUAUGUACAAUUCGUGUUAUCGUUUCGCGGUUGAACCAACGACAAGGACAGCUGCGGGGAUCGACUGAAAGAAGUGAAACGAAUAAAAGAACAUCGGACUUCGCUUUUGUUUCGCGAGAUUAUUCGUGCUUUCGGGGGUGCGAGUAGAGUGACGCCAACCAAAAGGGAAAACCUAUAAGCCAAUAGCACGAGCGAGACAGGGGACAACUGCGGAAUAGGGACGGGGCGGAAAAGAGACGGAAACACGGUCGCCGCUCCACGAGGAAAAGAAAGACACACACGUCGGGACUGAAUAUGUCCGCCAAGCGAAAGGCCACUGCCAUCAUGCAGCAUCACAAGGAAAACAUCUCGACCCCGGAGCCAGCCGACAUAUCCGAGGAGGAUCACUACUCGAGCGCGCUCAUGAAAGACGCGGAUAAGCUGAAGCUGAUGCUGCUCGCGUGGAAUUAUAAUCUUCAACAGCAGGCUCAGGCUCAGGCCCAGGCCCAGGCACAGGCCCAGGCCGCCAACGCGGCCCUCUCGCCAAAUAACUCCUCGACAACCACGGCCACCACCGUUGGCACACCUGUAACCAGCCAAUCAGCCAUAUCCACGGCAAACAACACCAUUAACAACUCCACACUUACAGACUCCCGAAACGGGUCAUCAGAGUUGGUGGACAUGCCGGCCGGAACCGUUCCUAAUUUGGGCGCGGUCGCUGGAGUCGGUGGCGAGGACAUGGCAUCCUUGUGGGCAUCCUACGCGAUGGGAUUAAAGAAGACACCGCCGCCAGCGUCCGCGGCGACGCCCUCGCGAUCAGAUCGUGAUCGCGAGUCCAGCCCUCCGGGGGAGGGGACGGGGAGCGCGCACGACGAGACGAGCAGCAGCGGCAAUAAGGAGGACGAGGACGACGACGACGAGGAUGCCGACGAGAGGUUGGACCCCAGACACCACGACCCGGAGCGCCAGAAGGCUUUCAACAUGUUCGUCAGGCUGUUCGUCGACGAGAACUUGGAUCGUAUCGUGCCCAUCUCGAAGCAACCGAAGGAGAAGAUACAGGCGAUCAUCGACAGUUGUACCAGGCAAUUUCCAGAGUUUGCGGAGAGGGCCAGGAAAAGGAUCAGAACGUACCUGAAGAGUUGUAGGAGGAACAAACGUGGCAGGGAGGGUGCACCUUGGGACGCGGCGAGGCCCACUCCGGCGCACUUGACCUCUGUGCAGGCCGAACAGAUUCUGGCAACGGCCUGCGAAAAUGAGAGCGACAACGCGAAACGCAUGAGACUCGGUCUGGAGCCUGUCUCACAACCAAUGCCAACUCUUCCGGCUGCGACGCAAACGGAUGUCCGGUCAAGUUUGGAGCAUUUCUCGAGUACACCGGUGAAAUCACUUCCGGGUAAAAGGGAGGAUACACCACCGGCAUCGCUAACGUCCCUGGCGCCGCUAACCAGUUUGGCGAACUUGCCCAGCAGCACUCUCUCCUCCACACCCCUGUCCCUUGCACCGGCGUCGAAACUGCUCACCCCGGCGGACAACAAGGGUCUCAUGAGCCAGGCGACGAUAGUCAGCUCGUCGACGGUUAACGGUGUUGCCAGCGGUGGUGCACCAACGGCGAUGUACAGACCUAACUUCAGCCAGGCGUUCCAACGCGCCGGGCCGACCACAGUGCCGCCAACAUUGUCGGCGGGACUCUACCCCACGCAGAGCUUCACGUCAGGUCUAUUGAGCAACGGUACACAAAGACCGACGGAUUUGAGCAUGAAGAACACGAAACCGCUUCUGAGUCAUAAGUUGAACGCAACGGAAAUGACAGCCGUUAGGCAACUGAUCACCGGAUAUCGAGAAUCAGCAGCAUUUCUUUUAAGGUCCGCCGACGAGCUUGAACAAUUGUUGCUUCAGCAACCAUAGAGUUACGUUUACGUAGGCAGUGGCCAGCAGCUUGGUUCGUAAGUUUUUUUCCUAACGCGUGGACCAAAACGCUGUGCAAUAAGCUGGCACGAGGGCUAAUUUGAUCCCACGAAACCGGAGACUUGAAUGCCUGCAUACGAACGAAGCUGGUUUAUCCGAGCGUCGAAAUUACCGACUAUCGGUAACGAGUUUCCAUUAUCGACCACGGAUAAACGCGAUUCCCGAGACCAAAUUGCCCCGAAGGAAGGAAGGAUCGAAUGCUGCAACUCGACGAAAUUUAUAUCCCGAAGGAUGUCAGAAACUGGAUUUUCCUAUCGCGCGAGCAAAAAUAAGCUAAGCUUGAAACAAGUUAGCUUCAAUCUCUAGACUGCAAACUCCUUGAAUAAAUAUGAAAGAAGAGGAGGAAACUGUUUUCGUGUUAACGAGGCGGGAAUUUCAAAUUUUAUUUAUCGAAGAACGAGAGUUCCAGGCGAUGGGAUCACCAGGGGACGCGGUGUUCUUAGGGCUAGGUUUAAGGGAACUAUUUCAAACAGGGUGUACAUAGAGAGGAUUUACAGAUAUUUACUUAACUAUCGAUAAGCUUAAGCUUAAGAGAAUACGAGGAUACGGUGUGUACUGUUGCGUGCAUGUAUAGAGUGCGUGCGGGAGGCUUUGGGACGAAGAGCGACGCGACGAAAGAAUUUGAUAGAUCGUUGCUCGAAAGUAAAAUGGUGUAUCUUCUUUAGAUUAAUUAUACGCUAGCCACGCGAACGAAUAUCGCGAACGACCGCUUGUACGUUCGAAGUUGCCGCUUCUCUUCGAUCGAUCAAAGCUGCUUCGAACGUCUGUGUCGUGUAUCGAACAUCGCCAUUGUCGUUUACCCGAGAACAUUGUAUCGAUUGUUAUGUACAUACGGAUGAACGUAAGAAAAAAACAAGGAGCAGAAUUACGCUCCAUAAAUACGGGAAUGGAGAGAAAAAGAAAAAAAAAGAAAGAAAGAAAAGAGUCGGGGAGAAGUGAGUUGCCUGAAAACGGGACGGUGAGGAACCCUGCGAAUAAACAGUUUAUACUAUUUAUCAUAGAUCACGGGACAAGAUGGUAUUCUCCCUUUUUUCAUUUUUCGUUACGCGAAAAGACGAUCUGGCGACUUAUUUAUCAUCAUACACGCGAUUCCUGUAUUUUAUUGAGAGCAUAGUACUUGAAUUGUGCGGAUUGGCUUGAGGAUAAAGAUUUAAUUUGAUAUAUCGAUGAAAAAUUAUGGAACAAAGAAUCUCCUUUUUUGAGUUUUGUUUUUUUGGAAAAAUAUUUUAAAAUAUAUUUUUGAUUUGUAUUUAAUGAUUAAAAUAAUAGUUAAUAAGUACUUUCAAUCUCUCUAUUUUAUCUUCUUCGAUCAUGGUAUCAAAUUUUCUAAAAAUAACAUACGAAUUCUUUUAGAAGUUUUACGUGUUUUAUCACAAAAAAAUAUUAAAAUAUUAUAAUCCUCAAUCGACGUUAUGCAUAUUUAUCAUCUUGUCACGAUCGGACAAUACGUUGAAAUCGAAUAUUCGUGGUUUUCUGGACGUAUCAUUGUGUUACCAAAGAACACUGUUUAUUAUUAUUAUUAUUAUUAUUAUUAUUAUUAUUAUUAUUAUUAUUAUUAUUAUUAUUAUUAUUGCUAUUACUACUAUUACAAUAUAAUAUGCACAUAGCGUUAUAUAAACACGCGUUUAUUUCUUUCUCUUUUCUAAUUUUUUUUUUCUCUUAUCUUUGCUCUAUUCUACUCUCUUCAAAACGAAAUCAUCGAGUUCUCAACGAGUCGUUAUCACAUUUAAAUCGUAAUCGAUAAAAAAAGAAAAAAAAUAUACUAUUACAUCACAAUCGAUAUCUUCCAUCAUUCACAUUCAUAAAUAUACAUAAAUUUUUCAUCGAUUCGAUUUCGUUGCAUCUAUUUACUAUCCAUCAUUAAGUUUUAUUACUUUUUAUUAUUAUAAUUACGAUUAUCGCAGCCACCCUAACCUACAAAUCGAAAAUAUAAAAAGGAGGGUAGCUUUGGACUAAAAAGAAAAAUGCUAGUUUAUCGCGAAUAAUAAUUUUCGCGCAUUCAAUAAUUUGUUUUUUUUUUUUGUACAUAGUUGUACGCAUCGUACGUAUGAUACGAAGAGAAAGAAAGUAAGAAAAACUGCGAAUACGUGAAUUGCUUUUAAGAGAGAAUAUAUUAUUAUAAUUAUAUUAUUAUUAUUAUUAUUAUUAUUAAUUAUUAUUAUUAUUAUUAUUAAUUAUUAUUAUUAUUAUAUAAAUGCAUAUAUAUAUAAAUAUAUAUAAAUGUAUAUGUAUCAUUGUAAAAUAUAUUUUUCGCGGUGAUCAAUGGCCGCUAUGACCUCGAACACGAAAGAAACACAGAGAAACAUUCCAUCAAUAAGGGUCAGAGGACGAUUGAGUGAAAGAAAGGGUUAAAGUAUAGCUCUCCGACUUGUUUCAGGAACAAACGCGACUCUUCGACCGACCCCAAUGCUUCGAUGUCGUACUUCCUUUUUCCUUCGUCGUUUUGGCGCGAAUUUCGAAUAUUUUGAAUUCGAUCGAGCAUUCGAUAUAACCUCGACCAACGAAACGUAUAUAUAUAUAUAUAUAUAUAUAUACAUCCAGUUUCAAGCAUAUUUCGUCAGCGAUCGUUUCGUUGAAAUAUUGAUGGAAAACAAGCGGGUUUGAAACAAUCGUUCAAGCAAUUCGAUUCACUCAGAAAUAGAAAUAGACUGAGAUCGAUUCGAACGUUGUUAAAUAAGAGAUUUUUGAAAGUUUUUUUUGAGAAGUUGAUUUUUAAUGAUUUAGAAGCUUGGAUUAAUAUUUGAAAAAUAUCUUUGAGUGAGUUGAAAUAUGUUUUGUGGAAUGCUUGAAAUAUUUCAAAACUUUAUUAAAAAGCUUUUAGGAACUUGAUAAAAUUGAAAUUUUGAAAGGGAUUGUGAUUUGGUAUGUCUUGAAAGAGUCUUAGAAAGAUUUGUAUAUUUUCAAUCGUUUAUGUGUUUAUGUAAUAAAAGAAUUCGGUGUUAAAUAACUUAUUGCCUUAUGAUUUUGUCUUUUUUAUUUGCGUUCAGCAAAAGUGAUGUGUGAUGUAUAGUUUGAUUGAAUUGUAUUUGAUUUUUUAUAAUAAUUCGUUUCAGAUGCGUAGUGCAAUAUUAUAAAAUAAAAGAUUGAGGGGCAAUUUAAGUAAAAAAAAAAAUAAAUUUAAUUUUAAAAUUGAAAAAAAGAAAACAAUACAAAUACUUCAAUAAUUCUAACAAAUAUAAAUAUAAUCUAUACUUCUUUGUCUUUUCUACAAUAUCAAAAAGAAAAAUUAUUCAAAAAUGAUUACAUCACAUUUAUUUUCAAAUUCUUGCCAUAAAUUUAACAAAUACCAAACAAAUUUUAAUUUAAAAUUUCUACUUAAUAGAUACUUGAACUUAAAACUCCCAUACAUCCUUAAAACCUAUAUUCCAAAUUUCAAUAUUAUCGAUAAAAUAAUAUUCUCAAGUUUCCAAGCUAUUCCUUCAGCAACGUUUGAACCAAUUCAAGAGAUUCAUCGAACCGUAUGUGAAAUCUCCACGAAACGCUGCCGCAGCCUAGUUAAUCAAGCGAUUAUCAUGAAUCAGUAUAGUGCAAUAGUUCUCUCUCUCUCUCACUCUCUCUCUCUACAUACAUACAUACAUAUACAUGCUACUCUUUUUCUCUGCUUCUGUCCGCCUGUCUGUCUAUCUAUCUGUCUUUACGUGCGAGCAUGAAAUAGACUUCGCUUCGCGGCACCGAGAAACGCCUCCUUUCAUUCGAGCGUCUUCACUUCAACGAAUGUAAUAAUCCUUAAGACCUAUCUACACUCAUAGACAUUGUCUGCGAAUAAUCUGUGUACUGUUUGUCAAUAGUUGAACGGCGAAUUAUAUUUGUGGACUAAAUACAACUUAUAUAUAGUCAAAAGACACGAUACGCGGACAAUUCUCUGUCAAUGUGGAUCGGCCUUUAAUAUCGUCGUAUCAUACAGGAUAGUUGUACUACGUUAAAACUGUGUAUUUGAGACGUAUACAUUUGUCGUACACUUGUAAUGCGGAAUGAAAUAUAUUAGAACAAUUACGUUUAUAUUUACGAUUUCAGUCGCGCUAUUAUCGAAUCUGAAUUGGAAAAUGUCGUUAUUUGAUACACUUGAUAUCGAUUUAUAUUUCGAUUAUGGAAUUGAUGAAAAGUUUUUGAAAUCACAAUUCUGGCAAAAAUAUUUAAUAUCGAUAUAAAUGUACAUUAAACAAGUUUGAAUCAAUUCUGUUUAAAUAAUUAUAUCAAAAUUGUUUCGAUAAAUUUGUUUCGAUAUAUUUUGCGACUGAUCAAAUCUUCCGCAAUUCUAUUCGAAAAUCGAUCGAAAACGCUCUUCGAAAACGAAUCGUAAGAAAAAGGUUAUGCAGAAAGAAAAAUAACGUGGAUCGAAUCGUUUUCAAAAGAGCAUCGACUCAACGAUACGACUGAAACAUACGAUCGAAAGGAAAAAGGAAAGACGAAAGAAGGUGGCGUGUAAUUUCGAAGAAAGGAAGAACACACGUUUUAAACAUUUCCAGAAUUUUUUUUCUCUUCCUUUUUAAUUUUUCGUAUGCAUACACAGUACAUAUUCUAUAAUAUAAUAUAACACGUAUAUUUUUCUUUGUUCGUUCGAUCGUGGAGGCACACACACCUCGAGGAAUGUGUCCGAAAAUCUUGUUUUGCCUACACGGGGUGCAGUUCUUAAACACCGUUCAAUGUAAUCGCGAAUUGAUGUAUAUUGAUUAUAAAGAUUAAUGCAAAAGAAAAAAAAUGGUAUAUAUUAUAAAUAAUAUAAAUAUAUUGAGAAGAAUAAACAAAAAAAAAAAAAAAGAAUAUGUAUUUGUUCCUGACAAAAGAAUUAAUAAGAGUAGCGAACUACCGUAAUAUUAAAUAUUGAUAGUAACGAUAAAGAUAAUUUGAUGGUACAUACUUUUCUUAUAAGUAAACAUUAUACAAUUAUUACAAUUAUUGUAGAGUUGGUACGGUCUUUGAUGAUGCCUUGCCUGUAAAUGUAACGUUAAAUGAACAAAAAAAAAAUCUUAUUACCUUGUAAAUGUUUUACCAAAUAUAAUCGAUUAUUCAACUUA